GGCCGAAUCGCUGGGGCGGAAGGUGAAUGCAUUGUGCGGUGUCCCCGGUGCAGAACUACUGAGGGAAAACAUCGCUGCUCCCCCGCUGAGGCUGGAAUGGAAAGUUUCAGAACCAUCGCCUAUGGAUUCGUUUUGCUAAACUGAUAUAUUUGUUAACUAAUACGCCAACCCUGCUGUUAAACAGACUGGUUGGAGGAGCAGGGAGCGGAUGGGGUGCUGGGAAACACCACUGAAAUGCACCCAGCUCUCAUUGAGGUCCCCGGCUGAAGCUGUGCUGGUGCUAAAGGUCACACCACGCAAACCAAAUUCAGCCUCCCGAGCAGGAUUAGGCUGGAAUACUUAAAGUCCGUGCUUUGAGAAGUCAGAUUCCCGUGGUCUUUUGGGGCAGGGUGGCUGUGGGUUUGCUGAAUGGAGCUGGGAGUGUUUGCUACAUAAGCAUCACUCGUAGCUCUUGGUGUGACUUUUGGCUUGGCAGGGUAGUUUUAAAGCUGGAGGUGAUGCGCUGCCAGGUGGAUGUGUGGCACAGGCAGAGCUGUGGGGCUAUGGGGGGCAGGACACCCCAAACCCUCUCUGCUUCUGUGCACCAGCAGUCCCAGCACAGGGGAUAUUUCCCCUUUCAAGUGGGGAAGCAAACGUCAGAGCUGUGCUCACGUGCAGCAGGUCUGCGUGCUUUUGCUGGCACGUCCAGAGUCAAAGUAUCACUGCCACCCUGGGUGUGACAGCAGGCUUUGGUCACCUAGCAUCAAAUACUGAUGGUGGCUGAAAGAAGCGGUGCUCGGUGCACUGCUUCCCUUUGUCUCCCACUGCUGUGCUUCAAAAAGAGAAGGAAAAAACAAACUGCUGACUCCCUCCAAAAAACCUUUCUCUGUUCUGCUCUGCUUGUGGCUGCGUGAAUAUUUGUCAGCAACAACUUUGUGGGGGAAAUGGGGCAGUUCUCUGUUUUGGGGCUCAGAGCACCUGCUGCAGGUAUGCAGCCGCACCGUGGGGCAGACAGACCCCCCCCGAGCCCUGCUCUGACUCAGUCCAGGCAGAGUGUGGAUGGGUGGUGUGAAACCUGCCUUAAAACGAGCUGGUGGAGGCAGGCGUCGAGUUUGACACCUACAGUUUGAAUUUGCUGUUUGGAGCAGUAAAAUAACCAACCUAUGUGCACUGCUGUGACUGAUUGCUUUUCGCUGUGAGCGGGGUGUGCUGUUGGUGACCCAGAGCACUUUGUCAUUUCUGCAUUCCUGGGCAAGCGUUGCUUUCAUCUCAUAAAUGCAGACACGUGGGUGAGUCUGUUCUGUGCUCGAUUAUUUCCUUUUUUUUUUUUUAAUUCUAUUUCUUUUUUAAGCUAGCAAGCCGUGCGAGCAGGAUGGAUGGGACGCUCUGUGGAGCGUGGGCUCUUCCCCCAUCCGGCAGCGAUGUCAUUCUCCAUGCAGAUGGCAUCCUCCAGUGGAAGCCACCCACAGCUUCGCUGCCUCUUGGGAGGCAUGAACUUUUCUGCUUGGCAGGAAGGAAGCUCAUAGCUCCUUAUUGACUGGAGUGAAGUGAGCAAUCAACAACGGGAGACCUUAGGAGGGAGAAGGUUCCCCAGAAGAUGGUGUAAAGCCAGCUGGCGCAGCUGCCGCCUGUGAUCUCCGUGUGUCCAGACCUCAGGGAAGACCAUGGCAGCAGCUCAGGGAGCAGGAAGCAGCUCAGCCGGGCCCCCCGGAGCCCCUGUCUCCAUCCCUGGGCACAGCAGCUCCACGGCAGUGGUGGUGUGGGAAUGGCAGGAUGAGUUUGGCCGGUGGAGGCCGUACCGAGGGGACGUGUGCAAGUUCAUUGAGCAGGGUUUCCAGGCCUCUCAGCAGAAGGGGCGGCGUUCAGGAUCAGGGCUUGUCAGCAGCAGCAUCUCUUUGGGACACGCGGAUGCUGGCUUGGCCCCCUAUGUCAUCGACAUCCCAAGCCUGACACAGUUCCGGCAGGAUACAGGGACGAUGCGGGCAGUCCGCAGGCACCUCUUUCCCAGGGACUCAGCAGCCGAGCAGGGCAUCAUCUGGGAGUGGCAGAACGAUGAACGUGGCUGGUUCCCCUACGAGAUGAACGUCUGUGUGUUCCUGGAGCAAGCCCAUGCCUCCAGCCACCAGCGGGUGGACCUCGGACCCUUAGGCUACAACUAUGAGGUCGACCUGGUGGCUCAAGUGCAGACCAACAAGACCACGAGGUUCUGCCGCAGUGUUCGGAGGCGGGUGGACAAUCCAUACCCCGUGACGGCCGCCUUGGCUCCCGUUCACACGGGGACGGGUUGCUCGUGCCAGCAGUGCUGGCUGAACGGGGGGACUGGCCCCAUCACCACGCGGUACCGACACUCCAUGACAAACUUCCCCAACUCCUCCGCUGCACCUCAGGUUUCCGGUAGGACGACAUCAGUGAGUUCUUCCGGCGUCGGCUUUGUGCCCUAUAACAAACCCGCUUUGUCUGGAGCGAGGUCAGCACCACGACUCAAUGCACAGAGCAGCUGGGCUUUUCCCCAGGCUGGAGGUGCUGUGGGCCCCAGCACAGGACUGUCCACAUCGAAUGGAGUCAGUGCUCUAAACCUCCCAGUGAAGAUGUCCAAGCCCAGCAAACUGAACCAAGCCUUGGCAGGCAUGACGGCUAUUCUGAUGUCAGCCGCUGGACUCCCCGUGCACCUCACCUGUGUGCCGCAAGCUGCCAGCACCCAUAAAGCCACUAAAAAACACAGCUCAGUUAAGGAGGGGAGGAAAGUGUCCAAGAAAGGCUGGUGGAGGAGCCUGGCUGCCUCUGUGAUGGGCCUGAUGACGGCAGCACCGACUGACCCAGAAGCAGUGGUGAGGAAGUACCUGGUGGAGGUGAAGGGUACUCCUGUGGAUGAGGACUGUAUCAUCUGCAUGGAGAAGCUGGCCUCUCCUUCAGGUUACAGUGACACUUGUGAAUGCAGAACAAUCAAGCCAGAGAUGGUCGGUCGCCUGACAAACUGCCAGCACUCCUUCCACAUGCUCUGUGUGCUGGCCAUGUACUCCAAUGGAAACAAGGAUGGCAGCUUGCAGUGCCCCUCCUGUAAGACCAUCUAUGGAGAGAAAACUGGUACUCAGCCCAAAGGAAAAAUGGAGGUCUCCACUUUCCCUCAAUCCCUCCCUGGUCACAGGGACUGUGGGACAAUCCAGAUCGUGUACCACAUCAGCAGAGGCAUUCAGGGCCCUGAGCACCCCAACCCAGGGAUGCCUUACACAGCAAGAGGCUUUCCUCGCUAUUGCUACCUACCAGACAAUGAGAAGGGCAGAAAGGUCCUGGAGCUCCUGAAGGUGGCCUGGAACAGACGCUUGAUUUUCACGGUGGGCACCUCCAACACCACUGGUGAGAGCAACACGGUGGUGUGGAAUGAGAUCCACCACAAAACAGAGAUGGACACAAACCUGAGUGGCCACGGCUACCCUGACCCCAACUACCUGGACAAUGUGCUGGCAGAGCUGGCUGCCCAGGGUGUCACCGAGGACUGCCUGAGAAAAUGAGUGGUGUUGAGGGGCUCAGCUGGGCUGUGCACAUCUCUGUGGCCCACUGCCCAGGGGCCCACCCAGUGCACUUAUUCUUGUUGCCUUAAGUUCCUGUGUCUGACUGUCCGUCACACUAAGCAAUAACACUGUCAUGUGGGA